UACCAGGGCAAUGAGUAACUGCCAGCUGAGCCCUUUUCUGUUUGUCCUCACAUUACUUUGACCGUUUGUCCCCGUGAGUGGUUUAGUGAAUCAUUGUGAAAACCUCCUCCUCCUCCUCCUUCUCCAGGAGCAGGAGCAGCAGUCAGAUCAGAUCUACAGUCCAGCUGGUUGAAGGAAGUAUGGGAUCCGUUGUGCACCUCUGCUCGGUGCUGCUGCUCGUCUUCCUGCUCGGGCUUCAUCACUCCUCAGGUUUCUGGAUCGUCAACGUGGUCUUUCCUCCCAGCGCCAAACACAGAGCCCCGAGCAACAGCACUCCGCCACUCAUCAUCAUUCCAGGGAACCUGGGGAACCGCCUGGAAGCAAAGAUAGACAAGCCCAAACUGGUCAGCUGGUUUUGCUACAAGAAAACGGAACACUGGUUCCCCCUGUGGAUUGACCUCAACAUGUUUAUGCCCAUAGGUGUAGACUGCUGGAUUGAUAACAUGAGACUUGUCUACAACAAGACGGAACGGCGGUCAUCCAACUCACCCGGAGUGCAGGUGCGAGUGCCAGGAUUUGGGCAGACCUAUCCCAUCGAGUUUCUUGACUCCAACAGACUCGCUGGUUAUUUUUACACGAUGGUGCAACAUCUGGUCAACGCAGGCUAUGUCCGAAACGAGACAGUCCGAGCAGCACCGUACGACUGGAGAUUAGCGCCAAACGAGAAUGCGGAGUAUUUCAAAAAGCUGCAGGACCUGGUUGAGGAGAUGUACGAGCAGUACCAGCAUCCUGUUUACCUGCUGGGCCACAGCAUGGGCUGCCACUACACCCUCUACUUCCUCAACCACCAGCCUCAGGCCUGGAAGGACAAGUACAUCAGGGGCUUCAUUUCCCUGGGAGCACCAUGGGGGGGCGCUGUUAAGGCACUCAGAGUCUUGGCGUCAGGAGAGAAUGAUGGCAUCCCAAUGAUUUCCACCAUCAAGAUCCGUGAGGAACAGAGGAUGACGACGACCAAUCCCUGGAUGAUCCCCUUUCAGAUCACCUGGCCAAAGGAUCAUGUGUUAAUCUCAACGCCGACCUUUAACUACACAAACCAGGACUACAAGCGCUUCUUCGGGGACAUCAGUUUUGAGGACGGCUGGUACAUGUGGGAUGACACCAAAAACCUCACUGGCGAUCUCUACCCACCAGGCGUAGAGGUGUGGUGUAUGUACGGCGUGGGGCUUCCGACCCCCAUAACGUACAUUUACGACGAGCAGUUUCCCAAUGUGGACCCAGUGGACUUUGUUUAUGCCGACGGGGAUGACACGGUGGACAGCCGUAGCACGAGUCUCUGCAAACGUUGGGUGGGGAAGCAGGAGAAGCCUGUCCACGUCACCGAGUACAGAGGGCUGCCCCACCUGGACAUAGUGUUCCACGACACGGUGCUCACCCAAAUCCAGCACAUCCUGGAGGGCAAAUCCGAUACACCUCAAGAAGUUGAUAUGAGAGCUGGAGCUAAAUAGCAGUUUACGAAUUCAGUUUUGAAAAGCAAAAAAAACAACACAUGGAGUGCUGGAUUUUUAUUAUAUUUUGUAUUUUUGAAUAAAAAAACUUUCAUGUGGAUAACAUAGCUCCAACAUGUUAGCACACUGUGUUAGUUCAGCAGGUUUAAGCUGAUAUGGACUUGCAGAUAACCUGACCGUGCACCCCCUCCUCCUCCUCCUCGCACCCCACCGGCCAAAUUCACUUCACAAAUCCUGUUGAAUGGUAAAUGGUAAAUGGUCUGCAUUUAUAUAGUGCUUUUCUAGUCUUGUUUACGCUACAGUUUCGCCAUUCACCCAUUCACACCCAUUCACUCACACUUUCAUACAGCAUAUCACUUAUCUUUCAUACCCAUUCACAUACUGCCAGCACAGCAACUUUGGUGUAAUAUACUUAAUAUUACCCAAGGACACAUUUUUUAAGUUGAAAGACAGCUCAGUCCUACACCCCUGUUUCCCCUGUAACAAGCAUUAAAAAACACAUUUGAAUGGAGAAUCCAGAUUAUGUUCAUGUCGUUGUUUUCUAAAGACAAGGUUACGCAUUACAUCGAGGGGACUAGAUGUUUAAGUAUACAUAUAUAUGUAUAUGUAUGUAUAUAUAUAUAUAUGUAUAUAUGUAUGUAUAUAUCAAUAAGUAAAAUAUUACUGUAGCACACUUAGUUGUUGAAUUUACUAUAUUUGUUUGCAGAGCCGUUUCAAGGGAGUUCAUGGGUGUUCAUCAACUGAACAAUUAGCUGUUGUAAGCAACUAAUAUUAAGGUUUUUCUUAAAAAGUGGCAUUUCUUUGGACUAAUUUUUGAACUCUGUUAGAAAAGCAGGUUCAUAUUAACAUAUGAAGUGUUGACAACAGAAUGUCUGAAAUCCUGAAAUUUGACUAUGGUUCUAGCAGAUGUGUCCUCACAUUCAGCUCAGGAAAAUGUCCCACUCUCUUGCAAACGCCCCUGGUUGCCCAUAAGAUGUCAGAAUCCAUAUGCAAAUGUAAUAUAUGGUAUGUACAUAAAUGUCCAUAAAAGAACUAUAGAAACAUAUGAAUAUGAGACAUAUUGACAUGGAUAAAACAUAUGAGCAUAUUUCAAUUGUACUGUUGUAUGAUAAUAAUAUUGGUGACAUACAGUAUAUGGCAAUACUAAUAAUAACUAAUUGCAUUAAAUGAUAAAUUGUGUAUAUAAAACAAGUGUAUAUUGCUUUGUAAACAUGUCAUGUUUGAAGGUUUAAUAAAGCAUUAAAUAUUAA